UUAUUUAACAAUAAUGAAUGUAUUGAAAAAUUUGUUUGUAAUAAUGCGCAAUAAGUAUUAUUUCAUGGAAUGAGUUCCUCUUCUAUUUCGGUAUCUCUUUGCGUUAUUCGCGUCGAGAUUGUUGACGAAAAUUCUGAAGAAACGAAUGGAGCAAUGGCUGCGAAGAUGAGAGGUCGCAGAGAACCAACAAGGAUAAAUAUGGAGAAUUGCACAAACCUUACAGAGAAAUCAGACUUAACGCUUCCUUCUCAAGGAACUAGUACGUCUGGAUCUACUUCUAGGGCUAAUUCUGAGGAAACUACUUAUGAUAACUCAGAGAUGGCUGGUGCAAGUGCUUGUGCGUGUGACCAAAUAAAUUUCAUUUCUGGAAAUCCAUUUGUUGAAGUGACGAAGGGAAUUAUACAUUUAUAUAAAGAGAAUAAAUUGACUGACAUACGUCAAGCAGCAGAACGCACACAAACUAUUUGUAUCCUAGCAGUCCCAGCUACAAUGACUUGUCAUGAUCUUCUAAGAUUUACAGCACCUUGUCAUCAAGAUAUACGUCAUUUUAGGAUACUCAGAGACGGUAGCCCUAAUCAAUACAUGGCUUUAAUUACCUUCAAAUCAGCAAAUGCUGCAACAGAAUUUUAUGGUUCCUUUAAUGGUACACCAUAUAAUUCCUUUGAACCAGAUGUUAUCUGUCACAUGGUAUUUGUGUAUAGUGUAGAAGUGACAUACAAUGCUAUGCCUCUGUCUGGACAUACAGAACUACCACUUUGUCCAGUUUGUUUAGAGAGAAUGGAUGAGAGUGUAGAUGGAAUUCUAACAAUUUUAUGUAAUCACACGUUUCAUGCAAGUUGUUUAGCCAAAUGGGGAGAUACUUCUUGCCCUGUGUGCAGAUAUGCUCAAACACCUGAAUCUCUUGCAGACAGCUAUUGUAUGGAAUGUAAUAGCACCGAAAGUAAUGAUGCCCUAUGGAUAUGUUUAAUAUGUGGACACAUAGGUUGUUCGCGAUAUCAUCAAGGACACGCGUUUCAGCAUUAUCGUGAAACACAACACUGUUAUGCUAUGCAACUGGGAAAUAACAGAGUUUGGGAUUACGUAGGAGAUAAUUUUGUUCAUCGAUUAUUACAAAACAAAGAUGGAAAAAUGGUCGAAGGUGGCCCCACGGCAACUAAGGCUGAAGGGGCUGCAAUGGAAGAAAAAGUAGAUUCUGUACAAUUGGAGUUCACUUAUCUUUUAACCUCACAAUUAGAAACUCAAAGGCAAUAUUUCGAAGAGAGACUUUCUCGGUUAGAGCAACAUUCUGUUGUACAAACUACAGAACUUCGAGACAAGUUGAGUCAAGUAGCAGAAGAAAAUUCCAAAGUUAAGGAAGGGUUAGCAACGUUACAUCGUGAAAAACAAAGUGUAGAGAAACGGCUGCAACAAGUUACUAAUAAAUUGGUACAAGUUCAAGCUGAAUUAACUGAAGAGAAAGAGCUAAGAAAAGCAUUAGAAUUAAAUCAGGUGUCUUGGCAAGAUAAAUAUAAAACGCUGCAAAAUGAAAUGACUGAAUAUAAGAACGGUAAACAGGCAGAAGUCACAGAUUUAAAGGAACAGGUGCAGGAUUUAAUGUUCUAUAUUGAUGCUCAAAAGAAAGUAGAAAGCUCGGAAUUAAGGGAAGAAAUAGCAUCUGGUCGUAUAAUGAUUCCAGAAACUUCCGGCACAAUUAAAAAGAAUACUAGACCUAAAUCUCGCAAAAAACACUGAUGUUAGUACUUAAUAUUAUACAUAGCAAUUAAAAUUUAGGUCUUAUAUAAAAAUCAUUGAUUUGUAUCUUUCGUAAUUGAAACUGUAUUAUAAUUAAAACAUUUUUCAAGUCGGUUUAAACCACUCACCGCGUAAAAUUUAAAAGUUAAUUCACUGGUUUCAAUAAUUUAAAAAAGGUAUAUAGGAAAGAAACAAAACUAGCAACAUAAAAGACCAAAAUUUAUAAUUCAGAAAGUAACUUUUUAUAGUAAAAGGUCUAGAAUGUUCUUUUAUUUUAUGAAAGUAUGCGAAGACAAUUGUUUAAGAUUCGCUGUUUUUAAAAAUGAAAAAGAUAUGCGAAAGAACACGUAUUUUAAAUAUGAAUUAAUGUCUAGUAUAUAUGCAUAUGUGGGAAAUUUCGAACUUUUUUUUUAUACUGAAAAAAUAAAUGAAGUGAGCAUAGAGUUGUGUUUAUUAUUUUCCGUAAAACUGAUAUUUCAAAAAUGAAGAUACGAUUUAACUUAAACUUGUAUUAAUAGUUACUAUGUAAUAGUGUUAAACAAAAAAUUUACAAUUCUUAUGUAAAAAGAAUCUGUUAUACUUUCUAUAACGAGUGUGUGCUUCAAACAAAUAUGAUCUCAUAAGUAUUGACUCUUAAAAUAAUUAUAUAAAUAUUUGAAGAAAGUUAGUGCAAUAAUUGGAAAGUAUUUAGUGAGCUGUUAAUUGAAUGACCAUGUGAUACAUACAUACAUAUAUAUGUAUAUAUGUACAAUAUAUAUGUAUAUAUAUAUAUAAAUGUGUAUUUGAACUUGAAUAAAUUUCUUUACUUACAAAGAAAAACGUAUUUUCACCUAUCUACUUUGUAUAAUGCAAGACAGUUUGUUAAUUCUUUAGCCAUAUUCCAAAUUAGCAGCACGUUUACCUUAUAAAUACAUAUAUUGAAAUUCUUUAACGACUUCAUUGUGAAUGCAACUCCUUUCAUAUUGGAGCAACUCGGAAUGCACUUCAAAACUUUGUAAAAACCUUGGCUCAUUUGUACAUACUUUCAUGCCCCUG